CUUACCAUUUUAUCGAAGGAAAUUCGAAAUACCUCCGAUUCGCGCAAGCAUGUGUAUAUGUAAAUACUAAAAGCAAGAAAGUGAAACAGAGAAGGACAGAGUGUAAAAUGAACGCGGCGCGUUCGUACGAAAAUAGAAAAGCGGGACGAAAAUCAUUUAGUGUUAGCCAACGUGCCGCUACCCCAGUUUCCUGUAUCCCUCGCUUUAUUCGUAUUCCGUUGUAUGCAUAAAUAAAAUGACGCGGGUCCCGAUAAGAUCCUCGUUGAAAAGCCGAGAUUCGAAUUCGACAUUGACCGAUCCGGAUCUGAGAGAGCGCAUAAAGGAUUGUUGCCGAAAAUUGAUCGCGUUUAUGUGCACUCAGGUUGGCGUUGGUGGACUCGUGGUUGGUUACGCUAUAAUAGGUGCUUUCGGUUUUAUGAUGAUCGAAUCUCAAGGUCAGAUUUCGCCGCCGUCCACAGUUUGCAUCCGCGAAUUAAUAAGAAAACAGUUCGCCGAAGAGUUAUGGCUUGGCACUGCCGGCAAUCAAACCAUAAACGUGUUCAAUAAAACGGCGUUUCACACGGUGUCAAAUCGAAUUCUACGCCGGUAUCAAGACAAUUUCACUGGUGAUUAUAAGAAGGAGAAUUGUAGUGGGUUAACCUCGUCCGAUCUCUGGUCCUUUCCAGCUGCGAUGAUGUUUUGUCUUUCCGUAUUCACGAUGAUCGGUUAUGGAACACUGGUGCCUCAAACGACCUGGGGAAAGGUAGUCACCGUUAUUUACGCCGUAUUGGGAAUCCCACUUUAUGUUUUGUAUUUUCUUAACAUGGGAAAAGUACUCGCGCAGACGUUUCGUUCGUUGUACACGUGGUUGCACGAAUGCACCGGUAAACGAAAACCUGGCCAAAGGAUCACGGUACCCUCGACAGCCUGCCUUUGGGUGAUAUUCGGAUACGUGUUGAGCGGUUCGAUAAUGUUCGCCGAGUGGGAAGGAUGGAAUUAUUUAGACAGCGCUUAUUUCUGCGUGACAUCGCUAUGCAAAAUUGGGAUGGGCGAUCUUGUACCUGGUUGGACGCACGGUGAUUUAACAGCUGACAGUCAAACCAAAUUGAUAAUUAAUUUUGUUUAUUUGUUACUCGGUAUGGGACUUAUCGCUAUGUGUUAUGACUUAAUGAAAGAGGAUGUUUACGUGAAAGCUAAAGAAAUAAAGGAACAGUUUCUCGAGAUCAUCGAUGCCACUCAUUAUCAAAUUGAAAUGUGUUGCAAAUCGGAAGUAUUGAAUUAAAAUUUUUAUAUCGAUCUAUUGAUUUUAUAUCGAUGUAUUGAAAAUUUAAGUAAAAAAGAAAUACGCUUUAUUUUUAUAAGAAGUAUUUGAAGAUAGAUAAGAUAAGAGAUAAUCAUGAAAUUAUUUUUAAAAUUUAACUAUUUUAAUGUGUAUUAUAUAAUUCUAAUAAAUAUAUAUAUAU